AUGGCUUCAGCAGCCGGCGUGGUCACCAGUUCGGAGGACAGCGGCCGCAGGAAACCCCGCCUGGCGGCGUCGCUGCAGAUCAGCCCCGGGCCCAGCUCCAGGAGGCCCCCCGCCAGCCUGGGCCGAGAGCCCUGGGAGCCCGUGCUCGCCCCCAGCGCGGAGGACGAUGAGGGGGACGGGCAGUCCCAGGCCUCGGCUGGGGACGGUGGGCCCUGGGCGGGGGCCGGAGUCAAGGAACUGGGGACAGCCCGGGCUUGGGACGGCUUGGGGGGCCGGAUGAGGAGAUCCCCGAAGGUCUCUGUCCCACCCUGCAGGCUGAGCCUGCAGCUCAAAGACCCCCUGCCGGGCCAGGCUGUGGCGGUGCUCGAGCAGUAUACGGCCGGCCUGGGCGUCUCCCUGACCUUCCGAGAGGACCAGACGGCAGGCUGCUGCUCCUCCUUUUCUGUGUGUGCCGAAGUGGAUGGGGUGGUCUGCCCCGCAGGCACCGCCAACAGCAAGCUGGAGGCCAAGCAGCAGGCGGCUCGCUCUGCCCUCCGCUACAUCCAGAGUCAGCUGGAGAGCCCGGAGCCCCCAGAGCCCCCCAGCAGGCCUCCACUCGCCCCCCUGAGUGUAGAGAACAUCCUGACCCACGAGCAGCGCUGCGCAGCCGUGGUCAGCGCUGGCUUUGACCGGCUGGUGGACAGGGCCUCACUGUACCAGGCCUGUAAAGGGACUGUGGCUGCUGUCAUCCUGGAGAGAGAGGUCCCCGGUGCCAGGGGCCACACCAAGGAGAUCUACGAGCUGGUAGCGCUGGGCACAGGUGGCAGCAGCUGUGCCGGCUGGCUGGAGUUCUCAGGCCGGCAGCUCCACGACUGCCACGGUGUGGUCAUUGCCCGCCGGGCCCUGCUGAGGUUCUUGUUCCGGCAGCUCCUACUGGCAACACAGGGCGGCCCCAAGGGCAAGGAGCGGUCUGUGCUGGCCCCCCAGCCUGGGCCCGGGCCCCCCUUCACCCUCAAGCCCGGGAUCUUCCUACACCUCUAUGUCAGCAACACCCCCAAGGGAGCUGCCCACGACAUCUACUUCCCGCCGUCGUCCAAGGGCAGUCUCCUGCACAGUCCGCCCUUCCGCCUGCAGGCCCACGUCCGCGGGGAGCUGAAGCCCGUUUGCUACGUGGCACCCGCGCUCCGUGACACCCACGUGAGCUGCCUCUCGGCCAGUGACAAGCUGGCACGCUGGGCUGUGCUGGGGCUGGGCGGCGCCCUGCUGGCCCACUUCCUCCCUCCCCUCUACGCCACCAGCCUUGUCCUGGCUGACCCUUGCCACGACCCCCCCACUCUGAGCAGCGCCAUCCACACCCGGCCCAGCCUAGAGAGCGUCUUGGGGCCAGGCCUGCCCCCUCCCUACGCCCGGACCACGCUGCACCUGUUUUCGGGCCCCCCUGUGGCCCCUUCUGACCCCACCCCCAACACCUGCCACGGCCUGAGCCUCAAUUGGAGCCUGGGGGACCCCGACAUCGAGGUUGUGGAUGUGGCCACCGGGCGUGUGAAGGCUGAUGCUGCCCUCGGGCCUCCCUCCCGCCUGUGUAAGGCAGCCUUUCUCCGGGCCUUCCGCCAGGCUGCCCGAGCUCUCGGGAAGUCCCACCUCCUGGCCUUGAAGACCUACGAGGCAGCCAAGGCUGGGCCCUACCAGGAGGCUCGCCGGCAGUUGUCUCUCCUGCUAGACCAGCAGGGCCUGGGGGCUUGGCCCUCCAAGCCAUUGGUGGGCAAAUUCCGGAACUGA